AUGCGGAGGAAGAAGAUAAUCAUUACCCCACUCCCCUUUGUAUUGAUGCGAACGUCUCGUUUUCUCACUCGCUUUCGCGACUAUUCUACCUGCAGCUCCCAAUAUAGCUCCACACACCUCGCUCUAUCCAAAGUCUCUGAAAUAUACGAUUCAUUAGAACCUCCGAAGAAGAAACCCACCGAGUAUUAUGGGUAUUUGCAUACUCAAUUCACUGGAGGUCAUAGGUUUUUCAAGUCUCCAAUCGCAUUGCAAGGUUUUGUUUCCGCGAAUUGUUCACGACGGGUCAAUUCGUUAGCUUCGAUUUCUUUAGAUUCUAAUCAUCAUUACUCCUUCCACCGCAGUUUUUUCACUAGAACCAAGAAAAUAAAGGCUAUAGAUGUUGAUGAUCAUGGACAGAGAGCCGUCACGACUGCAUUAUGGUGCAACUUUCUUGUCUUUUCACUCAAGUUUGGGGUCUGGUUAACUAGCUCAAGCCAUGUCAUGCUGGCUGAAGUUGUGCAUUCAGUUGCUGAUUUUGCAAAUCAGGCACUUCUUGCAUAUGGGUUGAGCAGUUCAAGACGUGCCCCAGAUGCUCUCCAUCCUUAUGGUUAUUCCAAAGAGAGAUUUGUUUGGUCAUUAAUAUCUGCUGUGGGUAUCUUUUGUCUUGGUUCUGGUGCCACAAUCGUUCAUGGGAUUCAAAACUUGUGGACUUCACAGCCCCCUGAAAAUAUGCAGUAUGCAGCAUUGGUGAUUGGUGGCUCAUUCCUUAUUGAAGGUGCUUCUCUUGUUGUGGCCAUACAUGCUGUCAGAAAAGGUGCAGCUGCGGAAGGAAUGAAAUUCAGUGACUAUGUCUGGCGUGGUCAUGAUCCCACAGCUGUUGCAGUCAUGACAGAGGACGGUGCUGCAGUCACUGGCCUUGUCAUUGCUGGUGCAUCAUUGGUUGCCGUGAAUACGACAGGGAACGCAAUUUAUGAUCCUGUUGGGUCCAUUAUAGUGGGAAACCUUCUUGGAUUGGUUGCUAUAUUUCUUAUUCAAAGGAAUCGGCAUGCUUUGAUUGGUAGAGCAAUUGAUGAUCAUGAUAUGGAAAAGGUUCUUCAGUUUUUGAAAAAUGAUGCGGUUGUGGAUGCUGUAUAUGAUUGCAAAAGUGAGGUGAUUGGGCCUGGUUUUUUCAGAUUUAAAGCAGAAAUAGAUUUCAAUGGUGUGGUGUUGGUGCAGAAUUAUAUAAACAGAACUGGUCGUGAAGGGUGGGCUAGACAGUUCCGAGAAGCAACAAAGGAGAAGGAUGAAUCUGCUCUACUAAAAGUCAUGUCAAAUUAUGGUGAAGAAGUGGUUACUGCUCUAGGAAGUGAAGUUGAUAGGCUAGAGAAGGAAAUCCAGGAAAUUGUUCCUGGCAUUCGGCACGUUGAUAUUGAGGCCCACAAUCCAAUUGGUCCAUCCCCAUGA